GGUUCGCUCGUGCGCUGAUGCUUCAGCGUUAACGGUUUAUUUUAGCUUCAGUAUUUUCCCCCACUCCCUUUACGUUUCUCCGCCACAGACUUUUUUGUUUUUAUUCGGGAGUAUGAGCUAGCCUUCCCGUCAGCUGAGUUUGGAUAUUAGUGUCCGUUUUCCCCCCCCUCGCCGCUUCUUCGCUCUCUUCACUGUAUCUGAUGCUUCUUGUUUCCUCCAGUAACCCAUGUCUAUGUGCAUCCCGCCUCCCUGCGCUCUCAAUAUAUGGUGCAAGUCAAAAUGUCCAAAUCGCCCGUAGACCCUCUGUCUGCCGUGGAAACCGGCUCCCAGUCGCACUAUUUCCAGCUGCCCAGGAAGUUGCCUAAGCGCAAGAGCCGCUUCAAACGCUCAGAUGGCAGCACAUCCUCCGACACUACGUCCAGCUUCAUCAAACGACAGGGGUCAGCUGAUUCGUACACCAGUAGACCAUCUGAUUCAGACCUGUCAGCAGAGGAGGACCGCGAGGCGUAUCGGCGUGAAGCCGAGCGCCAGGCACAACAGCAGCUCGACAGAGCUAAGUCCAAACCUGUAGCGUUUGCAGUAAAGACGAAUGUGAGUUACUGUGGAGCUCUGGAUGAGGACUGUCCAGUCCAAGGAGCUGCAGUCAACUUCGAUGCCAAAGACUUCCUGCACAUCAAAGAAAAGUACAAUAAUGACUGGUGGAUCGGCCGGCUAGUAAAAGAAGGAGCAGACAUCACCUUCAUCCCCAGCCCUCUACGACUGGAGGCAAUGCGACUGAAACAGGAGCAGAAACAGAGGAAAACAGGAGGUAACUCCUCAAGUUUAGGAGACAUGGUGACAGGGGGCUGGAGGACGACGCCGCCAUCUGCAGGUGAAUCUAAACAGAAGCAAAAACAGGAACAUGUCCCUCCCUAUGAUGUGGUGCCCUCUAUGAGGCCGGUGGUUCUCGUGGGACCAUCGCUGAAGGGCUAUGAGGUGACAGAUAUGAUGCAGAAAGCUCUCUUUGACUUCCUGAAACACAGAUUUGAGGGAAGAAUCUCAAUCACCCGUGUAACUGCCGACCUUUCCUUAGCCAAGAGAUCUGUCCUUAACAAAAGACCCAUAAUGGAGAGAUCCAACACUCGCUCGAGCUUAGCUGAGGUUCAGAGUGAGAUUGAAAGGAUAUUUGAACUCGCCAAAACCCUGCAACUGGUUGUUCUGGACGCAGACACCAUCAACCAUCCCGCACAGCUCGCCAAAACCUCCCUUGCACCCAUCAUUGUCUAUGUUAAAGUUUCCUCACCAAAGGUGCUCCAGAGGCUGAUCAAAUCCAGGGGGAAGUCUCAGAGCAAGCACCUGAAUGUGCAGAUGAUGGCUGCAGACAAACUCUCUCAGUGCCCCCCUGAUAUGUUUGAUGUCAUUUUGGAUGAGAACCAGUUGGAAGAUGCUUGUGAGCAUUUGGCUGAAUACUUGGAGGUUUACUGGCGUGCCACUCACCUCCCAGGAAACACCCCUCUUAAUCCACUAUUGGAGCAGAGUCUCAUGACCCCGCCUUCUGCCAUCUCUAGCCUACAGAACAAGAACCAGCCGCAGCCUUGUGAGACAACAGGCUUGGAGGGUGAUGAGGAAGAGGAGGCCGGCGAGGAGGCCCACUCCCCCCUGGAGCAGGACAGUCUUAUGCCAUCUGACGAAGCCAGCGACUCGCUUUCUCGUGGCCGGAGGGGGAGCCCCUGUCACAGGGGGGGCGAGGAGGAUGAAGAGGAGGAAGAGGAAGAAGAGGAGGAGGAGGAUGAGGAGGAUGAAUACGCCUCUCCCUGCCACGCUCGCACAUAUAGGGACAUGUACCCCUCUCACCGCGGGCAUACGGGCGGUGCCCACAGCGCCAACGGGCACGAGUCACAAGACAGGCUGCUCCAGCGCGAAGCUCAGCAAGGUCACAACCAGAGGAACCGCCAGCGCAGCCGCCCCUGGCCCCGAGACACCUACUGAGACAAGGGGCCCCUCCCAGCCUCCAGCUCCCCCCCAAGCCCUCCACCCACCGCACAGUCCCAAACUAGCAACUUAGAGAUGAAAUUUGUUCCCAGAUUCGCCAAACUUUAGUGCCAAUUGGAAACAAACACAAACAGAUGCCCAGUUUAUCGACCAAUCACAAUCUUCCAGGGGGCCUACUCACCUCUGAAAGGGAAAGGUUUCAGGCUACCAGCUGUACGCAAACUCAAACUUUAGCUGCUUUGCCUAAGGUUUCUCUAUUGUAGGAUGUCUCAUAUACUGGCCUUAAAAUUCCUAAGACUUUUAACGAUCUUUACUAUUGCAUGUAUAAUUUUAAGACUAUUUGCACAUUAACGUCAGAACAGGAAGUGAAUGACCUUUAUGGAUAAACUAACGUAGGAAUGUCUACCGCUGAAUCAAUUAUGGGAAAUAGUAAUGCAUUUGAUUCCAAUGUAUAUACUGAAUGGGCACUGCUACUUUAUUUGUUUGAUUUUGUUUAUAUGGACUUGUUUGUUGCCAUCCAUGUGUUCGGUGAACGGAGAUUUUUGGAGAGACAUUGUACAGUCUCUAAACAGUUAAAACGUAAUCGAUAUGAAGCUGCAGUACAGCGUCAGCGUCACCUACAGUGCAGUACGUUCUGGGCAUCGCUCGUCUUUGCUGUUGCACAAUCACUCUCUUAAGAAAAAAAAAAUCUUUGAAUGGGCACAGAGAAUGUAAACACAACCAUGAAAGGGAAUGUUUUAAAUUUUUUGAAGGAUGUAUUCCUUGCCAAAAAAACAAAAAAAAACAAAAAAAAAAACACACGCUUGUUUACAUCCACUCAUACACAUAUUUCAAGCACAUGCUGCACAGCUGCAGCUCCUCUUCAAAUCCAGGCUUCAGAGAAUGUAAGCUUGCAUGCCUUUUGCACCUCCAGCACCACUUGGUCGCACAACCUAUCGCCCCGUGAAUUCGAUUGUAGCACGUUAUUGAUUGUAGCAUCCACAGUUUCUAGACUGAUCUCACUCCCCUUACAUCCACCUCACUCUCCUCGGAUAUUUUUUGUGUGUCGAACAUUGUUUGCGUACUGCAGUUUUACAGCUGGUUUUUACAAAGGCGGAUCCUCAGGUGUAUGUCCUACAACACUCAUCGCGCUCAGCUCCAUGUAACGACCGUGUCGUGCUCCCCGAGGACUUGUAGCACUCGUGACACGUCAUUCUGUUCCUGCGCCAUUUCUAGUCCGUGAGCCGACGACGAGGUGGACGCGAUGCUGAUGAGCGGCCGCCCAACUCUGUUCAUUACACAGGGUGGAUUGUUGUCACGGCCGGCUGAUAGGAAACCCUGGUUUACUGCUUCCAUGUGUCACAGGUAUCUCUAUCUAGUGUUCUGUAUAUUUUAAAGAGAAAAAAAAAUCAGCAUGAUUGAAAAAAAAAAUUAAGAAAAAAAUCUAUGCAAGUGUUGCAUGAAAUCUGAUUGUUUCUUUUGAAGUAUUUUAGUAAUGCAUCGAUUCUGACUCUCCUCGUCGUCUUGUAGUGAUAGUCUUGUCUUUGGGGCUACUCACUCCUCGCACCACCAACAACACGAUUACUAAAAAGAUCUGUUUAUUUUUUCACACACCUUUAACACUGAGGACAUUCUUCCACAAUAAAGUCACUCACUGGGGGAAAAAAACAAAACAAAAAAAACCCCUUCCCAGAUCAGGCCUUUGAUUUUGUUAAUUUGUGAUCUAAUGAGUGGAUUAUCUAAGCCCUGCAUGUCUUAGUUCAACAAUUAGCUCCUUUCGUUAUAUUUUGGCAGAGUAUGUUUUUCAACGCGGACCAAUUUAGCAACUGAUAAAACAGUUGAAGGUUUUUCGAUUUAUGAAGCACAAUUUUUACAAGAGUUAUACUUCAGUUUCCUCUGUCUUAUUCUGUAUGCAAUACAAAGCCUAACAUUGAAAAACUUUUAAACGCCUUAGACCAUCUGGACUUCCUCUUUUGUGUGAGUAGAGAAAAAAAAAUUGCACUACUUUUUUUUUUUGGGAUGGUUGCUUUGUAAUGCAAUAACUGCACUAAAUAUAACCAUAUAUCCACCAGACUACCACAGCGUGCUAGCGUGACCCGACACGCCUCUUCCCUCUAUUUAUCAAAAGAGACAGCAAAUGUGUAAAAAAGUGAGACAUUUCCUGCCUGAUGCUGUAUAGAAUGCUUUCUAUUUGAAAAUAGAUUUACAAUGUUAAGUAAAAUAUGAAUUAAACUAAAUAAACAUGACAUUUUAUGUACUUUUAA